AUGGAUUAUUUACUUUCACCGAAACUUGAGUUUUGUGCUAUAGGAAAAUCAAGUAUUUCAAGGUCAAGAUUUACUUGUGCGCAAACUGAUUAUUUUAAUCCUUUGACACAUAAAGUAAAGCUUGCUCUAGAACAACUUUAUGGGAAUUUGCAAACAGCUUGAACUCAUCUUAAACAUUGGCUACCUGAAGAGCUUAGUAUUAGUGAUAUUGAAGUACUGCUUGAUUUUCUCAAAAUAAAUAGCACUGAAAACGACCUUAAAUCACUAUUAGGACCAAAUUUUAAAAAAACAAUUUCAUUUGAUUCAUUCCAAAAACUUUUUGUAUCAGAAGAAUUCAAAGGCCAAGGGUUGCUAAUAACAGAAACAGACACAAAUAAAAAUUCUCAAGCUAUUAUCAAAUUAAUAACUCAUUUGAAAGGAAAAUUUGAAAACAUAAGGGAAAUGUCGACAUCAAUUUUUGGGAGCCACAUGUUUUUGUCAAUCCACGAGUUUUUUAAGGUAUGUGAGGUGCUUCAUAUUGAUUUUGACAUGAUAGAAAAAACUGAACUCCAAAACUUGCUUGACCCUGGAGAAUUAGGGAUUGUUGAAAAAGAUUUAUUAAUGAUUUUAUUUAAGAAAUAUGAAAGCAGCGAAGAAGCUGUUCAUUUAAACCCAAUAGAUGAAGAAUUUAAAGAAAAAAUAAAAAAAAUGUUCCCUAAUUUUGAGUCAGCCUUUAUAUGAGCAACCUCAGGGAGAAAAAUAAAUUAUUUUCAACUGCAGAAUCUAUUUGAUUAUUUAGGGAUCCCUUAUAAUGAAUAUACCCUUAAAACUUUUUUAAAGAGACAUUCAUCUACAGGAAAUUUGAAAAUCCAAGAUCUAAAGAAAAUAUGAGAAGGGUCUGGGCUCUGCUCAAGAUCGCAUUGUCGUUCUCCUGCAAAGCAAUUUACUGAUUAUUGUAAUAUUCAUAGCAGAAAUUUUAGUGAAAGAGGAAAAAUGGCAAUUGGAAAAUUGCUGAAGGAAAGCGAUCAUAUGAAAUCGAAGAAAAUUGUCAAAUCGUUAGAUAAACUGAAAAUAAAAUCAGGAUUUAAAUUAAGUGUUGGAGAGCUCAAAUGUAAUCUUUCGCCUUUUUUCAGGUCAAAAGCAGAUUUAUGCGCGCAUGACUGAAAAGGAAUUAUUGAGUAUUUGAAAACGUCUCGAAAUGCGUCACCAAAAAGAAUUUUAAUGAAGCCAAUUGAUAAGAGGCAUCACUCAUUAACACCAAUACCAAAAGCAGGAGGAUUUCAUCCAAGUCCAAUAAAACAAAAUAAAUCACAAAUUGCAGAAGGGACUUUACUUUCAAUAUCUGUAAACGCAUCUGUAAGUAAUUAA